GGCUUCUAGGUCGUCUGGGCUAUGACUUGGUUUGGUGGUGCGUACAGUUGAUGUCUUUCAGCUUUCAGGAUAACUAAGGAAUUCAAAGAAUAGAUUAUUGACAGGCAACUAAGAUUUUUUGGCUAAUAUGUAUAAUCCUGGAACGCCAAACUUCGCAGAAGCAAGUCACUCCGCAGAUUCUUUGAGGAGCACAAACCUAAUUGAUUUUUCCCAGCCUUCAUUUAAGGGCCAGCAACUGUAUGACAGUAACCAUGAAAAUACACAGAUUUCACAGACUAGUCAAAGAGUGGCAUCUGGUACAGAAAGUGCAUUUCAGUAUCCAGUCCAACCUAAUGCUAUUGAUGCUAUGGAAGGGCACUACUUAAAUGAAUCCUUUCAGAACCCUAAUUCGAUGUCCGGUUCAUUGAGUUUCACUCCAGGAAAUCAGUACCAUCAGCCUAACAGCUCGGUCCCACAGCUCAUUUCAGCAACCGAAAAUCCUAGUAUAAAUGGCCUCCCAUCUACUCCGAAUUUCACGGAAUCAAUGCAGAAACCUGUUUGGGGAUCUUCGUCAGAAGGUCAUCACCAGUAUCAGCGUUCUGAGGUCAAGCCAUAUUUACAGUCAUCCUUACCACCUUCAAAUGCUCCAUUACAUUCUCCUCCGCCUGACAGGAAUAUUUACUCAAAUUCUUUCACAACUGGUCAGUGUGGCCCGUCACUGAAUAAUCCCAUACAGUCGCCUCGUAGCGAAGCUGAUCAUUAUGACAAGGUUGCGCGAAGUAAUCGUAAUCUUCCACAGGGAUACACUGGUUAUUCUCAGCCGUCGAACCCAAGAUAUCAGUCACCCAUAUUAUUAACACCGAGUAGUCACCCAACAUCAAGUUUCUCGAACACACAAGCGCCUGCUGAGUUUGUCAACAGACAGCAACACCUUACACCUGUUGGCCCCCAGUUAAAUAAUCCCACUGCAAUGCUGCUGCCUCCAAAUCCCAAGGUGUUUGCAGUUAACCAACAUGUGCCACCUAGUACAUUGGCUAGUGAUAUGAGCUCUGCUAACAUAAGUUCAUCUGUUGGGUCACCUAAUUUAUAUCCACCACCUGUCAUGAAUGAGAUACAUCCUAUAUCUACUUCCACUGGAUCAUCCGGAAUAACUCCAUCAUUGCCUCCGGUCCCGACCCCAAACAUGAAUGCAACUUACCAAACUUAUCCCCAACAAAUGCCUCCUGGUCCAGGAAACAUGUGGCGGUCUAAUGUUCCUCGACAUACAGGGUAUGAUCAGGCUACAGUUUUCCGAACUCCAGGGACAGCAACAUCGGUUUCGGACUGGAAUAAUUUGAAAACACCAAUCAACCUUCUACAAGAACGAUGCCUGUUGCCAUCAGAUGGACCUGAUUUACCACCCAAGCCUGUGUUGACUACUCCAAUAAAUUGUGAUCCAGACAUAAUGCGAUGUACCCUGACAAAUGUACCAUCGAAUUCAAAGCUAUUGACUCGCUGUCGUUUACCUCUUGGUCUUGUUAUGCAUCCAUUUCGUGACUUGACCAAUCUGCAUACUAUCAAUACGACAACUAUAGUACGUUGUCGAUCUUGUCGAACUUAUAUAAAUCCAUUCGUGCAAUUUAUGGAUUCUGGCCGCCGUUGGAGGUGUCCUGUUUGCUUUUUAGCAAACACUGUUCCAGAUGAUUUUUACUAUGAUCCAGGGACACAAACCUAUGGGGAUCCUUCGAGAAGACCGGAAAUUCGCUCUGCUACUGUAGAGUUUAUUGCACCUUCGGAAUAUAUGGUCCGACCUCCUCAACCAGCCACUUAUCUUUUCUGUUUUGAUGUUAGUCAUAAUGCUAUCGCUACGGGUUAUUUACAACUCGCUUGUCAACGUUUAGAAGCACUGAUUGGUAGAAUUCCAGGCGACUCCAGACGUCAAAUAGCCUUUAUGACCUUUAAUUCUAGUGUACAUUAUUACAAACUUUGUGGGGAAACUAUGCGAAUGUUAAUUUGUCCUGAUUUAGAAGACCUAUUUCUACCCGAUAAUGAGGGUUUACUUAAUCGAAUUGAAGACUGUACUGAAGUACUACAGGAAUUUCUUCUGCAUUUACAUGAGAACUUCGUUAACUCAAACGAUACAGGAAAUUGUCUUGGAUCUGCACUUCAGGCUGCACUGAAGCUCAUUGGUCCAACAGGUGGUCGAAUAAGUGUAUUUAAUACAUGCCUUCCUAAUGUUGGUGCAGGUGCUCUCAGUUUACGUGAAGAACCAAGCGAUCGUAGUUCAGUUGAUGUAAAACACUUAAAUCUAUCAACUGACUUCUAUAAGACGUAUGCUUUGGAUUGUGCACAUCAGCAGGUAUCAGUGAAAUAAUAACAUAUUUAUAUGAUAUAUGUGUUAAAGGUUUUGGAUUUCGUUUUUUAGGCAAGUUGUAAGACUGUUCUUGCCCUAUCAUAUUCAGUCAUACAGAUUAGGGCUUAACGGAAUAAAGCUAACUUCUAAUCAUUGCUGAAUGUGUUAUAGUCUUUUCCGUCUAUUUCAGACUCAGUGAUCAAGUUGCAUUCUUAAUUUUCUCACAGGGUAGGAUACAAACUUCUGUUUUCCUAGUGGCUGGCUGCUACCAUGCUUAUUGAACACACUACUGUUGUAUGACUUCCCAGUAUAAGUGAAAUUUCUUACCAAAUCGAUAGUUUCCAGUCAUCCUAAUUGUUUUGCUUUUAUGAUUAUUAGAAUAGUUUGGUUUUCUGAGCUACUAUUAUUAUAGACGGUAUACUCCUGAAAAUAUAUGCGUUGCUUAUUGUCUACAUCACAAUUGCUUUAUCGUACAAAUUGCAGGUGGCAGUUGAUAUGUUUAUUUUCAAUUCCCAAUACUGUGAUAUUACAACAAUAUCUGGAGCUAGCCGAUUUUCAAGCGGUGUAAUUCAUCACUAUCCAGACUUCUGUUAUUCACCAAAUGAGGAUACAAUUCAUGAGAAUGAACAAUUGAGUAAUGUUUCCAAGAGUUUGCCUAUGGGAUCGAAUGACAGCAGUAAACAUCAGUUUCCUGAGUGUAUUGAAGUUGAAAAAUUCCGUCGAGAUUUCGAUCGUUAUUUAACCCGGAAAAUCGGCUUCGAAGCUGUAAUGCGCAUUCGAUGCACUCAAGGAUUAAGUAUUCAGACUUUCCAUGGUUCAUGCUUUGUGCGUUCCACUGAUCUGAUGUCUCUACCUAAUGUUAGUCCUGAUUCUGGUUACGCUGUUCAAUUGGAUUUAUCUGAAAAUUUAGAAAAAUGUGCUACAGUAUGCUGUCAGGCUGCUGUAUUGUAUACUUCAUCCAAAGGUGAUCGUCGUAUUCGUGUGCAUACCUUAUGCUUACCAGUUGUACAUACACCAACUGAAGUUUUUCAGGGAGCGGAUCAAGGUGCUAUCGCUUGUCUUUUGAGCAAAAUGGCUGUGGAUCGAACAAUAUCAUCUGGACUUUCAAAUGCUAGAGAAGCUUUAGCAAAUGCCGUUGCUGAUGCUUUGUCAGCAUAUGCUACAAACUCUGGUAUUUCACCCAAUUCCAAUCCAUCAGCCUACGGUUUACCUUGUCCACCGAACCUACGAUUACUUCCUCUAUAUAUCUGUGGUCUGCUUCGUUUCAAAGCUUUUAGGAUUGGAAUAAUAACUCGUUUGGAUGACAGAUCAGCCGCUCUAGAGCGGAUUAAAUCUGCACCUCCUGACGAUCUGCUAACUUUAAUGUAUCCAAAAAUGUAUGCUGUGCAUCGUUUUGCUUCAAAACCUCUGUCUUCGCAUGCUACCCUGGCUCAAAAAGCAGCUAGUCUUCGUUUGACUGACCGUAGUGACGAAGAACGUCCUUCUGAUUGUGAUGGAACCUCCUCUUCAGGUGAGAGUGAUAGCAACCCAGAGGCUGAAAAACUGCCCUGUCAACUGCACCUGUCAGUUCAACAUAUAUCACGUUCGGGUGUGUUUUUAUUGGAUACUGGUGAACUUUUAUUGUUACUAGUUGGCCAUGGUGAAGAUGUUUCUCCGGGAUCAAAUACUGGUUCAGAUAUUUUGAGGCAACUUCUUGGUAUUUCAUCACCUAAUGAACUUCCUGUACAGGGUGGUCCUUUCACAUUACCCAUAAAUAUAUCUUCUGAAAAGCAAAGCGCAUUGAAGGAUGGUGAUACUUCUGUUCCAGUCAGUCGUCGUCGGUUAUCAGCUCUAAUCACCCUUCUUCGAAGACGUCGACCAGUUAAUAAUGCUUUGGUUUGUAUGCGUCAUGAUGCACCAGCCAGUCUCAGAUCGUUAUUCUUAUCCUAUAUGAUCGAGGACAAGACAGAAUCGGCUCCAUCUUAUCAAGAAUUCCUUCAAAUGAUUCAAAAUUUAGUCAGGACAUAAAUUUCUAAUUGGCGUAUUUUUUUUCUUUCUUUCUCUUUAAGAUUUGCCUAAACCACCGUGAAUGUAAAAUAGGAAGAAAGUCUGUUUGGUUUAUUGUAGUCAUUGUGCCUUUGAUUAAGUGAUAAUUCUAAAUUAUACAAACAUAUGUGUACACUUCGUACGCUCUUAGCGCAUUAUUAUGAUUAUGAUUGUUGUAAAACAAAUAUGUAUUUGGCUGAGUUGAAGUGAUGGCCUUUAUUAGAUUUCCUUUACAAAAUCAUUACACUUCACUUUCUACUGUUAUUUGACUAAUUCUUCUAGUAUCUAUUUUUUCGUAACUCUCCUCAGUGAAUCUUCGCUCCCUGAAUUGAUCCUUAUACUAAAGGAUAAAAAUAGAUCCUCAUAUUUAUUUAAUGUUUCAUUUCUCUUUUGACUGAACACCUAUAUAUUUUUUCUUCGAAAAAUCAAUCUGUGUAUCACUACUUCUUAUUCUUAUCCCUAUCUAUCUGGAAUGUUUAAUUUAUCGCUACUUAACUUUAUGAUGAUAAUAAUGGUAACCAAUUAUUUGUUUUACAGCAUGAUUACGGGGGUCUAAGCCUUUUUUCUUCAUAAUUUCUUAUUGCUUUUAUUGCCUGUAUGCGCACAUGAACGUUACUAUCUUUAUGGCUGUUGUUUGCUCUGUCGCUCUCUUUGUCUAUGCGUUUUCUUGUUCUGAGAAGAUGCACCUCCAUGUGUGGUGAGUUUGUACAUGCAUGCCUACACUCUCAAUUGUAUUGUUAGGGGCUUUGUGUUUUUUCAUUAUACUGAGAGUAUUUGAUUUGAUUUAUAUAUUCCUUAUAAUAUUUAUGGUUUUUUGCGC